CGUCAUUAUAUUUGGUGAAAUCGGCAAAUAGAGUACUAGAAACUAUUGAAGAUCAAACAGAAAUAACAAUAUCGAAAUCAGUAGAACCAUACAAAACCUUAGUUCAACAAAGCACCACCAAUUAUAACGACACCAAUGAUGAAGCAACUAAGAUACUCGCCACCAACGAUGAAGCCAUUAAAUCCCAUCUGGCAGCAACGGCACCAGCAACAUAA